GACGGCUUUGGAGCGUCGACACUCACAGUCGCGAUUUAACUAUUUUGAAGGUGCGUUCGUUAUUGGUUCAGACAUUCCAAGAUUAGAAAAGGCGGUAGGAAGUUACGAAUUAUAUUUUUCCCUCUAUGGCAGUGUGAAAAAAUCGCGUCAAGCCAUAACUGACGGUAGGGAAGGAAAAUUGUUUAACAAAUAAAACGUUGGUAUAGAAAAAAAAAACUUCAAAUGGAUAUCAACUCCAUUAGUUAUCGGUGGAAUCAUUUCAACUCUAAUAUACUUCGAAUUGAUGUUGACAUGUCGAAUGAUAGGAAUUAGCUUCAAGUAAUUUUGGUGAAUCUCAUGUAAUAUCUCCAUCAAUUUUACGAAUAUGCUAGCUCGAUCUACGUCAUCACGUCGAAGGAGAGCUUCCAGAAGCGCUGCCUCAUCUCCACAAACAAGAGGCCUUACGUCGACUCCUAGUCCAGGAAGACGGGCUAGCAUUGCCGUAACUCCAGCAGAACCCGACCAUUUUAGGAAUACUCUGGCUCCUGAGAUUAGUAGAAGUCAGAGAAAUUCCCUUAUACCUGACAUAUCAGAAACUCAGAUCUUGAAAGACAAGAAAACUGAAAGGACCAAUAGACCAACUUUAGCUCCAGAAUUUGAUAGGAGCCCAAGAAACAGUCUUUUACCAGACUCUCAGAAGAGUCCCCGUCACAGCUUAGUACCUACCGAUCACUUUCGCUGUCCAUCAAAAACCAGUUUAUCUACCACAGAUUAUGUUCUCAGUCCAAGGAACAGUAUAUCAAUAGAUUUCAAUAGAAGUCCGAGGAAUAGUUUGGUACCGGAACAUAGUAGAAGUCCUCGACACAGCCUAACUCCAGAAACUAACGUAUACAGUUCGAAAUUGAACGUAGCAGAAUUCAAUAGAAGUCCAAGAAAUAGUUUGGUACCAGAAUCGACUAGGGUAUCUAGAAGGAGUCUAACAGAAGCGGGUACUUGGAGACAAGACGAGGGUAUUAUAACUGGUCGAAGUCAUCGUCAUAACGUUUCAUCUGAAACCCUACCGAAGAGGACCAAUAGAAAUAAUAACGGUGACGAGUAUGAAGAUCGCAGUCCUAGAGGAAGCAUUGGACCGGAACUAGAUGAAAAUAGAAGUCCACGUGGAAGUAUUGCUAGAAGUAUGUUUGAUGAUCCGGAGAAGAAAAGCCCAAGAGGAAGUUUAACACUCACAUUUCAUGAGCCUCUAGUGACAGAAAGAAGAGCCAGCAGUGAUAAUGGUAUCAGAGUAAGAAGCACAUCGCCUUACAGAGUUGGUAGUGGAUCAAGAAGCGGUGCGGCAAUCUCGGGAUUGAGCGAAAAUGGAUCUAGAAGAGCUAGUAGUUCUGUAAGUCAGGUAUCUGGAGAUGAACAGCGCCGAUUAUGCGUAGACCACAACAAUACAGAAACUCAAAAUAUCAAUCUUGCUCUUUCGCUAACUACUUAUGGUUCUGUAGCAUACCAGCUGAAAGACGCUAAUUUGGAAUCAAGCGGAACAUGCGAUUUUGUUUGCAAAGCUUUACACAUAGUUAAUAAGACAGUUGUGGUAACAGUAGCCUUGGUGUGUUUGUCAGUUUUACCAAUAAUGAUGCUUAUCAUGGGUAUCCAUUUUUUGCGAGAUUGUCCACGGGAACCGAACAUCCCCAUCUACAUGAUAGUCGGAGGGAGCGUAGGUUGUGUCAAAAUGUCAUUAACACUGUGGUCACAAUUUUAUACAUCCAGAACAGCUAAUUCGGGCAACGACGCAACAUCAAUAGUUUCAAAAAUAGCAUCGAUAGCUCUUACUAUUCUGCUUAUCGCUUGGUUCGCUUUGGGUAAUUACUGGAUAUUCAAAAUAAUCUGGCCAGACUACGCACCCACGCUUUUCGAACCAAACAAGUGGUGUCACAAGGCGUUGUAUGUCUUUGCAUUGGUCCAUCUAUGCGUAGUUUAUGCGCUUUUUGGAACUAUUCUAAUUCUAAUCAUUGUGCUUGCUAGUUGUCAAUUAUUUGAGUGCUCUUGGUUGGGACCAGUUAGGUACAAAUAGCAAAACUCGCCGAAUUAUUUCGAAUUAUGGGAUGUACCAAGGACUUAUCAUUAAUUGCUCAAGAUUCAUUCAUCGCGAGGGCUACUUUAGAUGCUAUAUAUACAGUGUGUCCCCGAAUAAUAUCAUGAAGCAUGAAAACAACUAGAUGUCUUUAGAUUUUUCGGAUAUCUAUAGGUUACAAAAACCUAAAAUCAAUUAUAAUAUUUAGUUUAUGACAUAGCAAAUAGUCCAGUGAACAACGGUUUUCACAUCAGAUUUGCAUCAAGAAAUUUUAACAGUAGACAGAAAAUAUCUUAAAAAGCAGACUUUUUUUGGAAAAAUCAAUACCUUUAAACUUAUUUGUAAUUGAAAUUUUGAAUUUUUGUCACAAUAAACGCAUAUUUUCAAUCGAAUUUUCGAAAACAACUUAAAAACUUUGAAUUCUAAAAAUUAAAUGACAAUUUUUUUUGAAACUUAAUACAAACAGAGUUAUGAUUUAAUCAAGGUCGUUAAACCUUUUUGUAAACCGAAGAUUUUGAAAAAUUUUUAGAGUUAGCUCUGGUUAAAUAGAAAAUAUUUAUGAAAAUGAACAACUUUGUAGACUUCAUCGUAAAUUGAAUGAGAAAUUAUUGGAAAGAAAACGUCCAGUAAACAUAAUUCUGAUGAAAUCAAACUAUUAAAAAUGACAAUCAAGUCUCCACAGAAUAACACCCUGCGAAUUCUCACAGAAAAACUACCAAACAAAAAAGAAAAACGCGAAACUGAUAACAAAGAAUUGUCUUAUUAUCAUUUGUCGCGGCCUUGCAACAAAAAAAGGCAUUAUUUAUAUCUAUCUAACACCUUCUUUGUAUGAUUUUGUUUAGAUGAGUGUUUCUUUUUCUUUUUCACAUUUUUCCAUAUGCCCUCUUCGGGGCGUUAGAUAUCUAUUUAUUAUCCAUUUACCUUUUUCUUCCAUUUUUUCUUGCUAGUGUCCUCAUUUGAUCUUUUGUCUGUUGCCUUUGUUUUCCUAUAUCUGCUAUUUUUUGUUUGUCCCAGUUUUUUGGUCUAAUCCUUCUCCUUUCCUUUAAUUCUUGCUUUACAUAUUCUAAUGUAAUCUAUCUUAUUCGCUCUUUGACAAAUGACCAAACUAGUUAUAAUUUCAUUUCUUAUACUAUCCAUCCUGAUUUUUCUAUCGCGUUUAAUCUACUAUUUAUUUUAUUGUUAGUUACCCACGUUCUACGUUUUAUAUUUAUUGCUUUUUUAUUUUGUUUGUAACCAUCGCUUUCAUUUUAUCGACUAUUUGUUAUACUUUUCCUAUUAGUCUGAUUUUGUUUCUAUUUUUUCGUUAACUAUCAUUGUUUUACACUUUGCUAUGUUAAUCUCCAAUUGCAGUUUUUCUAUCUCUUCUAGCCAAAUUCUACUAAGUGCUUCCGUCUUUCUGUCAUUUUCUGUCAUAAUUUUAGUUAGUGCUUCCAUCUUUUUGUCAUUUUCUGUCAUAAUUUUAGUUAGUGCUUCCAUCUUUCUGUCAUUUUCUGUCAUAUUUUAGUUUGUGCUUCUAUCUUUCUGUCAUAAUUUUAGUUAGUGCUACCAUCUUUCUGUCAUUUUCUUUCAUAAUUUUAGUUAGUGCUUCCAUCUUUCUGUCAUUUUCUGUCAUAAUUUUAGUUAGUGCUUCCAUCUUUCUGUCAUUUUCUGUCAUAUUUUUUUUGUGCUUCCAUCUUUGUGUCAUUUUCUGUCAUAAUAACAAUUUUGUCAUAUAUAGUAAUCCUUCUAAGUAUAUUGAGAUUAUCUUGAGUUAUCCCAUGUUUGUUUGUAGUUGUCUCGUCCGUUCCUCAACAUUUUUUAGUAUUUCAUACAUCGUUAGAAUGAACAGUCAUCAUAAAAAUAAUUAUUCUAUACGUUGUUUCUUUGGAUCGAGUCGAAUUCUGCACUCAGGUCUUUGAACGUCGAGGCUGUAUUUCUAUCUUAUUUCUUAGUAUUAUUCGUCUCCGUUUUCUGUUUGUUGUUUGAUCUUCUUCCAGUUUCUUGUCUACUUCUUCUCUUAGUCUGAAUUCUGAAGUUAGGCAUAUUGGCCUGUAGUUUUCGCAUUUUUUUUCUUGUUCUACUUUCUUGUGAAUAAGUGUUUCACUACCGAAAUUAUCUAUUUCAACUAAUUCUCGUAGUAUACAGUGCGGAUAUCACCUCCCCUAUGAAUUGUCAAUCCUUUUACUUCCUACCCUCUCCCAUUUUUUAAAUAGCAAGGGAGAUCGUACGAUACUUCGUUGGAAAGGGUUUGAAAAGAAAAAUUUAGAAAUGUAUAAUUUCCAAAUUUUGGGGAACCAAUUGAUUAAUAAAAAUAAUCAAAAAAUAAUAUAUUACAUUGAGUCUUGAAAAUUCAAGGAACUGGAUAGAUUGUCUUAUAAAAUUUUGAUCUACUACAAGAGAUACUCGAAAUGUGGAACUUCCUUUCUGGAAGUGGAACAAUUUUGGACGCAAUUUGAAGAGUUAUCAAAUGAUUCACACAUUAGAUAUAAGAUAACUUCAAGGGUAAAAAUCUAGAGGAGUAAGAUCUGGUGCUCUUGGUGGCCAUUCAAUGAAUCCACUACGUUCAAUCUAUCUUCUCAAAUACAAAUUAUUUAAAAAAUUUCGAACAACAGUAGAGUAAAGAGUGGAUUUUCAUCCUGCUAAAAAAUAAUGACACUCUCGAAACAGUCAAGGAUUUUCGUCAGACCAAUAUCUAAUAUUUGAAUAGAAUAUAGCUGCAUCAAAAAAACAAAUAUGUCUUAAGUUAUUUGAAAUAUUAUUAUACAUAGUUUCACAAAACUACAGUCGUUGAUCUGGAUCACCUUCUGUCAACUCGUGCGCUAUUUUCACUUUAUAUAGAUGAACUUUGUCCAUUCUUGAAAUGUUUGAAACGGCGAUCGAUCAAUUGGACUAUCAAAACGUUCAUUAAAUAUUCUCACAACUUCGUCGGUUUCACCAAAUAUCAGAAUUGCUUCACAUUUUUCUGCUAAACUACGGGGCUGUACCAUUUUGAUUAUUGAGUUACCAAAUUUCAUUUUGUCCUAGUCAACAUAACUCAAUCAAUUGUUGAUAAAUUCCUGGUUUUUUGACAUCCAUCAAAACCUAAAGCACACCAACUAGAUCUUUGAAAAGUGUUGUACAAAAUUGUGCAGAUUCAUCUUAAGCCAAUAAGAUAAUUAUAAAUUCCCAUCUGACCCACAAAGAUAUAUCCAUAUUUACUUGUGGUGAAAUGUGCGGACUUUGAUUUUUAGUGUGCCUGAUUGUGAAUAAUUUGAUAAAAAUUAUGUCCUGAUACAAUUUGAGAACUACUAUACACUAUAAUGAAGAUUGUUAGAAGUUUUCACGUCGACACUCGGUUUCGCAAAUCACAAAAAUUUGUAGAAUUAAUUAUUUUGUAAUUCUUUGGAUACUGAACGUUAGAGAAAAAUUAUUAUUAAAAUUUAUGUCGAAUCUUGAUGAUUUUCUGCUUGAUGUGAACUUAAUCUGAGGUAUUAAUUAUUUUGGGACAUACGAUAUUGAUAAGAUUGGUGAUAGGACGAUUUUAAUUUGCAAGGAUCAGAUAAUGUAAAAUGGGAUAAUCAACAAUUAGAUAUAAUAUAAAAUUAAUAGUGACACACAAUCGGAGGUUAUUUAUACAGCAAAUAAAAUUAUAUAACAUGAACUCAAAUAGUUGAAAAAACAAUAAUUUUUCAUUUCACGCAUUAAAAUAUUAUUGGGGGAUGUAUCAAGGGCACAAAUGCAGAUUAUCUUAUUUCGCAAAGUGUAAAAUUUUCAGUAAAGACGAAUAAAUGUUUUAUUUUAUGAUUAAUUGGAAAUUUGUGGGUUUGUGAUAUUUAUUCAGAAAUUUCAGAAAUAUAAUAACUAUAAUAUGAAAUAAUCCUACCCUAACUAGCACUUUAUCCAAAAAUUUCUUUAGCUUAAAGGGCCUUCCUUUAACUUCUUCAGUCAAACAAUCCUAGCCUAACUAAAAGUUUCUUUAGAAUAAAGGGCCCUCUAACUUCUUCAGUCCUUAAUUUGUUUGCAUAUAAAUUAUUUAAAGAGACAAAAAUAACAUAUAAAUAAAAAAAAGAUAUUUCAAAAUUUAAAUUGUACAUUCUAAUUUACAUUAGGUACUGCUUAUCCUAUUGCACUAAAAAUUCGAAAAUGUAGGUAGUUGCUAAGAAAAAUUCUCAUUUCCAACUAACACAAAUCAUAAAUAGAGAAAAUUAUUCAUGAACUUCGUAUUUUUUACAGUAUAUCGUCGGCUUAUUUUCAGAACCUCCUCCUAUUUUUACGAUUUAUCAGGUUUUGAAACGAAUAGAUUCAAAAUAUCCUUAUUCAACACCCUUCAAAGCUCCUCACUCUUAAAAUAUGGUUAUAUCGACAUCUAUCGGACAAUCGCAGAACCUUCUAGGCCGUUGCAUCUCAUGGAAUUAGUUAGAAGCUGAGUUGAUGAACUUUUAUGUUGUUUUAUUCUUUACUUACAUCAAAAAACUGUAAGGAUUUGCCAUGAGGAAGAUUUAAUUUGUUAUUGUUUCAUGCUCUCGAAUGUACUUAUAUCCCUUGCAAAAUUAACAAUUGUCCUUGAACUUUUAUUCGCCCGACCUAUAUUAUAAGAAAUAUAUUAGAAGAGUGGAAAAAUUAUUUAAAUGUUUAGAAUAACUUGGUUGCUUCCGUUCUAUUUGAUUUUAUAAUGUACUAUUAUUAUUAUUUUUGAUAAUGAAAACCAAUACUAUAGUUAUUUUGCAUUAAUUGUAAUAAAAAGUAUUUGUAAAAAUUUGCACUUGGCAUAUUUUCAAUGAAUAAAUAAAGAAAAAUAUAUAUAUUCGAGUGGAGAGACGCUUGCAGCUAUG